UGCGCCCACGAGAAAUGUAAUCCUUCAACUAUCUUGAAUACAACAAAAUUGUCUUGUGCUUAAAACUUAGAUAGGUAACUCACGCAAUGGAUUACUCUCAGCAUCAAAAUCGAACUAUAAAUAGUCCAAAAUCUCAAUGAAUAAGACACAUAAUUGAGAAAGAAAAAUAACCAAGAUUUAGAAAAGAUAACAUUAGUCAUGGCAGUUCUCAAGUCGCUGGUUUUUCUAAGUUCGCAAGCUGCAGCACUACUUCUGUUGCUUGCUGUAGCCGCAGUGCAGACCCAGAUGGCUACGGCACAGAGCUGCUCAAAUGAUCUCACCAAGCUCAAUGUCUGCGCACCUUAUGUGGUGCCUGGUGCCACUGAGACCAAUCCUGGUUCUGACUGCUGUGGUGCUAUCCAAUCUAUGCAGCAUGACUGCCUCUGCAGCACUCUCAGGAUUGCUUCUCAACUCCCUUCUCUAUGCAAUCUUCCGCCUCUUAAUUGUGGUAACUGA